UCGAGCACUGGCGGCGGGACGGCAGCCGCGGCCCAGAUCAGACUGGUGGGUAGACGCUGAGACCCGCACGGCGGGAUCACAGGCCGGAGGACGACCAGCGCGCUGCGGUGUGGCCGCAGGGACAGAGACCCGGAGCUGUCCACUCAGGCGGAGCGGGUCAUCUUCAAGUCCCUGUGCUGGGACAUCCAGCUGCACCCGCCUGGCCAUGGCACUGUGUCUGAAGCAGGUGUUUGCGAAGGACAAGACUUUCCGGCCCCGGAAGCGCUUCGAGCCUGGCACACAGCGCUUUGAGCUAUAUAAGAAGGCACAAGCUUCACUCAAGUCCGGCCUGGACCUUCGGAGUGUGGUGAGGCUGCCGCCUGGGGAGAGCAUCGAUGACUGGAUCGCUGUGCAUGUGGUGGACUUCUUCAACCGUAUUAACCUCAUCUAUGGCACCAUGGCUGAGCACUGCAGUGAGAGCAGCUGCCCAGUCAUGGCUGGUGGGCCCCGCUACGAGUACCGCUGGCAGGACGAGCGUCAGUACCGAAGGCCCGCCAAGCUCUCAGCACCCCGCUAUAUGGCAUUGCUCAUGGACUGGAUCGAGGGUCUCAUCAAUGAUGAGAAUGUCUUUCCUACACGUGUGGGAGUUCCCUUCCCCAAGAACUUCCAGCAGGUCUGCACCAAGAUCCUGACCCGACUCUUCCGAGUCUUUGUCCAUGUCUACAUCCACCACUUCGACAGCAUCCUCAGCAUGGGGGCGGAGGCACAUGUCAACACCUGCUAUAAGCACUUUUACUACUUCAUCCAGGAGUUCAGCCUGGUGGACCAGAGGGAACUGGAGCCACUGAGGGAGAUGACAGAACGGAUCUGUCACUGAGUCCAGAUCUGGAUGCUGUUGCCUGUCAGAUGGACCAUCUGAAGACAGUGUAGCCUGGAGAGGGGACCCUUAGGAGCCUGUGGGUAGAGAAAUCUGAAGGCCUGCUUAAGAGUAGGAACCCUCUAUAGACCCAACACCUCUGGACUUCUCAGAAGUCUGUCUGCGUCCCGGAAUGCAUGAAGAAGGGAGGGUUCCAAGUGGGCCACAGAAGAAAAGGAGUUUAGCCCCUCAUAUUAAGUCCAAGAGUAGGGUAGGCUACCAGGGUUCUGCUCUGAUAUUUCAACCUUACACUCUACCAUGAUAGUUCCCAACUCCAUGGUGGAAUAAGGAUGUGGCUGAGUGCUGGUAAGAAAAUUAUUGAGAGUGAGUGCCUGUACCUGAGUAAGCAAGUGUGUGUGUGUGUGUGUGUGUGUGUGUGUGUGUGUGUGUGUGUGUGAUUUGUCUGAGAGAUCUAGGUCCUUCCAGACACAUAGUAGGCUCUCAUGAUGGAUGGAUGGAUGAUGGAUGUGUAGACAGAUGGACAGGUUGACUAUAAGUCCAUGACCAUUUUAGGAGUAAUGACAGCUUAGUGACCCAACUCUGACCAUGUGUACAAGUGUACAAAUGUGUGUGUGUAGAUGGAAUUGUACCUCUGAAUCUUCUGGACUACCAUCUUCUAUAAACAUGAGUCCCUGGCAUUUGAGUGGAGGUUAGACAGUGCAGCUUUGCCCUGAGUUCCUUAAACCUCUGACGUACCACAAUGUGGGCUGAUUCGCUCAGCCAAGGAUGUCUAUGGAUUGUCAGUUCACUCAUCUCUGCCUCUAGCAGGGCCUGAUAUCAUUAAGCCUAUGAGCCUGGCAGUGGUGGUGCACACCUUUAAUUCCAGCACUUAGGAGGCAGAGGUAGGUUCGAUCUCUGAGUUCGAGGCCAGCCUGGUCUACAGAGUGAGUUCCAGGACAGCCAGGGCUACAUAGAGAAACCCUGUCUCAAAAA